AUGGCUCCCCAAAAUGAUUCUUCUAGUCGACUUCUUAGCAUUCGUAAGCAGGAGAGUUCAGACAAAUACUUUGAUUUGUCGGAUGGGAAAUUUCGGGUCAAAGGUUUUCCAUUGCUUUCUGAAGUUCCAAGCAAUGUGACUUUUGCUCCUUUUUUUCCUAUUUGUAAAUCGUCUGAUGCUCCACUUGCUCUGCUCCAACGCGUCCAAGAUCUGUCACACAAGGGCGGAUUCUUUGGGUUACACAAAGAGGCUCCGUCAGACCGCUUAAUGAACUCCCUUGGUAAGUUCACUGGUAGGGAAUUUUUGUCCGUCUUUAGAUUCAAAACUUGGUGGUCUACCAUGUGGGUGGGUAACUGUGGGUCUGAUUUGCAAAUGGAAACUCAAUGGGUUCUCCUCAAUGUUCCUGAAAUAAGGUCUUAUGUCAUAAUUAUACCUGUCAUUGAUGGGAGUUUUAGGUCUGCUCUCCACCCUGGAGCUGAUGGUCAUGUCAUGAUUUGUGCUGAGAGUGGUUCUACUCAGGUGACGGCAUCAUCUUUUGAUGGUAUCGCUUAUGUUCAUGUGUCUGAAAAUCCUUACAAUAUCAUGAAAGAGGCCUAUAGUGCACUUAGGGUCCACCUCGAUACCUUCAAGCUUUUGGAAGAGAAAACUGCCCCUUCUCUUAUUGAUAAAUUUGGGUGGUGCACUUGGGAUGCAUUUUAUUUAACUGUAGAGCCUGCUGGUGUAUGGCAUGGUGUGAAUGAUUUUGUCGAGGGUGGUGUCUCUCCAAGGUUUCUCAUCAUUGAUGAUGGCUGGCAAAGCAUCAAUAUCGAUGGUGAGAAUCCGAACGAGGACGCUAAGAACCUUGUUCUUGGUGGGACUCAAAUGACUGCCAGGCUUCACAGGCUUGAUGAAUGCGAGAAGUUCAGAAAGUACAAAGGAGGGUCUAUGCUCGGUCCUAACCCUCCUUCAUUUGAUCCAAAGAAACCAAAGAUGCUUAUCUCAAAGGCAAUAGAAAUCGAGCAUGCUGAGAAGGAUCGCGAUAAGGCAAUCCAAUCUGGUGUUAGUGACUUGUCUGCUUUUGAAUCGAAAAUUCAAAAGUUGAAACAAGAACUGGACGCCAUGUUUGGCGGAGAAGAAAAGAGUGUUUCUAGUGGGAGCUGCGGAAGUUGUUCUUGCAAGGCUGACAGUUAUGGCAUGAAAGCUUUCACGAGAGAUUUGAGGACAAAGUUUAAAGGUUUGGAUGAUAUUUAUGUGUGGCAUGCUCUCUGUGGCGCCUGGGGUGGUGUUAGGCCAGGUGCUACUCAUCUGAAUUCAAAGAUCGUUUCUUGCAAACUGUCUCCUGGUCUUGCUGGAACAAUGAAUGAUCUUGCUGUGGUUAAGAUCGUUGAAGGUGGUAUUGGUCUUGUUCAACCUGACCAAGCAGGAGAUUUCUACGAUUCUAUGCACUCGUACCUUGCCAAUGUUGGUAUUACAGGGGUGAAAGUAGAUGUCAUUCAUACUCUUGAGUAUGUGUCUGAAGAAUAUGGAGGUCGUGUUGAGCUUGCAAAGGCUUAUUACAGGGGCCUGUCAGAUUCCCUGUCAAAGAAUUUCAAAGGAUCUGGACUCAUCUCUAGCAUGCAACAAUGCAAUGAUUUCUUCUUCCUUGGAACAAAGCAGAUAUCUAUGGGAAGAGUAGGUGAUGAUUUCUGGUUCCAGGAUCCUAACGGGGAUCCCAUGGGAGUUUAUUGGUUGCAAGGGGUCCAUAUGAUCCAUUGUGCCUACAACAGCAUGUGGAUGGGUCAGAUUAUCCAACCUGAUUGGGAUAUGUUCCAAUCUGACCAUCUGUGUGCCAAAUUUCAUGCUGGAUCAAGAGCUAUUUGUGGUGGACCUGUCUAUGUGAGUGACUCUGUGGGUGGUCAUGAUUUUGAACUCCUCAAGAAACUCGUGUACCCUGAUGGUACCAUUCCCAAGUGCCAACAUUUUGCCCUGCCCACUAGGGACUGCCUCUUCAGGAAUCCACUAUUUGACAAGAAAACAAUUCUCAAGAUUUGGAACUUCAACAAGUAUGGAGGUGUGAUUGGAGCUUUCAACUGCCAAGGAGCUGGAUGGGACCCCAAAGAGCAAAGGAUCAAGGGUUACUCAGAAUGUUACAGGCCAAUGUCUGUUUCUGUUCAUGUUACUGAUAUUGAAUGGGACCAAAAGAAAGAUGCUGCUCAAAUGGGUGAGGCUGAAGAGUACACAAUCCAUCUCAACCAGGCAGAAGAACUACUGCUUGUAUCACGAAAAUCUGAAGCAAUUCAAAUUACCAUCCAUCCAUCUUCAUUUGAGAUCUUCAGCUUUGUGCCCAUCAAGAAGCUAGGCACCAGUAUCAAAUUUGCUCCUAUUGGACUGACAAACAUGUUUAACAGUGGGGGCACAAUCCAAGAACUGGAAUAUUUUGACUCUGAAGCUGAGACUUGUGUAAAGAUUGAGGUUAAAGGUGGAGGAAAUUUCUUAUCUUACUCUAAUGCAUCUCCAAAGAAGUGUUUCUUGAAUGGAUCCGGGGGGCUUUUGAGUGGCUGGAUAAUGGCAAACUGA